AUGCUUGGAUGGCGGCUUGUUUUGACAGCUGUGGAAGCGAGCGAUGGCUGGCUGCGUGGACAUGGCGGAUUUAACUGUCUCUAUUUCUACUACCUUGUUGACCCUCUUUUCUCCUCUUCACAAGCCACCCCUUCGACCAUUAGAUAUAUUUCCAUCGACAGCGAGUUGUGUUGGCUAUCAUAUUCAUCUGAGAGAGAUAAUCUGCACCGAAGGAUGGCCUCCGUCGGAGGGAUUCCAGCCGUCAACGUUCUAUGGAGUACAAAGCAACAUCUAUAUUUCAGCUCUCGCACCGCACGUCUCAUCAUCGGCAGCCAAUGCCGUCCUGCCCAACAUAUCCUACACUGGGCCAGAUACCAUCAUGGCGACAAGUACGUAGGAGGCCAUAGGGACAAGCUGCCCUCGCCGCCUCCCUCGACCGCCCUCGCUACGCCUGGGAGGCAGCGGACAGCGGCCUCUCUCUUCCAGCCACCAAGCCCGCCUCUCUCGAGCUUCCCCUCUUCUCAAUGUCAGACUAUGGCUUCCCCAUUGUCAAUGCUCUCUAUAUCCUCGAUCACUCGCUCUCUGUUCACCACGGCAAUGUCCUCUUCCCCCAUUGUCUUGAAAUCAGCAAUGAAAGUCCUAUCCUUCAUAGCAGAUUCAAGUUCACCCCUAUUGAACCCUGAUCGCAACUUUAUAUUGAAUUAUAUCUUACGCAAAACCCUUUAUACCCAGUUCUGCGCCGGGGAGAAACCGCAUGAAGUCCAGCGCUGUAUUGACGAGAUAAAAAGAGUCGGGUUUUCAGGUGUCAUUCUGGGGUAUGCGAAAGAAGGUGUCCCUGAUAAGAAAGAAGCCGCUGCAGUUCUUGACCUGGAUAGCACGGAGGCUGACACCACAGAGAGUAACCAGAAGGUUGCAGAAUAUGAGGUCAACACCUGGCGAGAGGGGAACCUUCAUACUGUAGAUCUGGCCGGGGAAGGGGGGUUUGUCAACAUCAAAUUCACAGGAGCGGGAAGUGAAGCAAUACAACAUCUGGUACGUGGCGCCCCUCCGCCACCACACCUCUAUGAAGCGAUGCUUGAAAUCUGUGAAAGGGCAUUAUCCCGGAAUGUUCGCCUGUUGAUCGACGCCGAACACCAAGCUGUUCAACCGACUAUUGACUCCUGGGCCCUUGAUUUACAGCGCAAGUAUAACAGCCGCAGUGAUAGCACUGCGGGCGAAAGGGCUGUGGUGUACAACACGUACCAGGCGUAUCUCCGGUCAACUCCCAAAACGCUGUCUCAACACAUGUCUAUUGCACAGGACGAAGGGUUUGUGCUAGGCGUCAAAUUGGUCCGGGGAGCAUAUCUGGGGGCCGAACCCAGACAUUACAUCUGGGACCACAAGCAAGAAACAGAUACAGCAUACGACGGCUUAGCUGAUGCACUGAUCAGGAGAGAGUACAACGAGGUGCUCACUCCAUAUGUCUCGACUGCCUCGCCAAAAUCCCCUACCUCACCUCCCGUAACAGAGCCAGAAUCCACCCCAAAACCUACCUUUCCAGAAUUGGAUCUGCUGGUUGCCUCACAUAAUCGGUACUCGAUCAAGAAGGCACAGGAUAUCAGGAACCAGCAAAGUUAUACGGGUCAGCCCCAGAUUGGACUGAUGUAUGGCCAGAUAUAUGGAAUGGCUGAUGAGCUUAGCUGCGAGCUCAUCCACCGAGGCAAGAUCUGCCAUGAGGGGGAAGUUGUUGACACUUCAAUGUUAGUGAAGCCAAUGGUUUACAAAGCAGUUGUCUGGGGGUCGGUCCGAGACUGUAUGAGGUAUCUUGUCCGUCGAGGCCAGGAGAAUAUGGAUGCAGCUUCGAGGACACUGGAUACCAGACGAGCAAUGGCAAAGGAACUAAGGAGGAGGAUAUUUGGAGCCUGGUUUUAG